AUGGCGGCGCCUGCCAGCAAUCCGUCGAACACGGUGACGAACAUCUCGGAGUUCCAGUGCCUGGCCAAGGAGAAGCUGCCCAAGCAGGCGUACGACUACUACGCGUCGGGCGCCGAGGACCAAUGGACGCUCGCCGAGAACCGCAACGCCUUCGAGCGCAUCAGGUUCCGGCCGCGGAUUCUGAUCGACGUGUCGAGCGUGGACACGACGACGAGCGUGCUGGGCCACCGCAUCUCCAUGCCCAUCAUGCUCGCGCCCACCGCCUUCCAGCGCAUGGCGCACCCCGAAGUGUUCCCUGCCUCCUCUUCUCUAUUUCACUCUUGCCUCUCUUCCCCCCCUCGUUUUCCUCUCCUGCGCCUGCUUCCCCUCCUCUCUCCCCCAUUCCCCUCCCGUCGCCCAUUUCACCGCGCUCCCUCCCCCUGGGGCGAGCAGGUGCUGUCGUCGUGGGCGACGAGCAGCGUGGAGGAGGUGGCGUCGGUGGGUCCGGGUCUGCGCUUCUUCCAGCUCUACGUGUACAAGGACCGGCAGGUGGUGGAGCAGCUGGUGCGGCGCGCGGAGCGGGCGGGGUUCAAGGCCAUCGCGCUCACCGUCGACACGCCGCGCCUCGGCCGUCGCGAGGCCGACAUCAAAAACAGGUUCGUGCUGCCACCUCACCUCACUCUGAAGAACUUCGAAGGACUGAACCUCGGCAGUAUGGACAAGUCACAGGAGUCGGGGCUGUCGUCGUACGUGGCGGGUCAGAUCGACCGCUCGCUCAGCUGGAAGUUGCCGCUGCGUGCUCCAUUCUCCUCUUCUCUGCCAGACUCCAACCUCAACGAUCCUUCAUUUCUUCCCUCCGACUCCCCAUUCCCCCCCUCUUUCACCCCUUCUUUCCGCCACUUGUCUCCAAUGAUUGACAUCGCAUGGCUCAAGUCCAUCACAUCGCUGCCCAUUCUCGUCAAGGGCGUCAUCACAGCAGAGGAUGCGGAGAUAUCGAUAGAGUACGGGGCGGCGGGCAUAAUAGUGUCCAACCACGGCGCGCGCCAGCUGGACUACGUCUCCGCCACCAUCUGCGCCCUCGAGGAGGUGGUGAAGGCAGCGCGAGGGCGGGUGCCGGUGUUUCUGGACGGUGGGGUGCGGCGCGGCACCGAUGUGCUCAAGGCGCUUGCCCUUGGUGCCGCGGGUGUCUUCGUGGGGCGGCCGGUGCCAUUCGCGCUGGCGGUGGACGGGCAGGCGGGGGUGGAGAAGCUGCUGGGCAUCCUCAAGGACGAGUUUGAGCUCGCCCUCGCCCUCGCCGGCUGCACGCGCGUGGCGGACAUCAAGCGCUGCCACGUGGAGACGGAGGAGGACCGCCUGCGCAAGGCCAUCACCUCCCGCCUCUGA